GUUUUGUUUAACUCUAGCAGGCAACUAGGCGAACGAAGGGUUUACGCACACCCAAAAUGACGUAUGGGUGCUUUGUGAAAAAGGUGUUGUGAAACGCGUUCAUUCUCGAGUCAUUUCUCACUUUCGGAAAUUUCAGCGUAUGUUUUAACUUUAAGGCUAAGAUAGUUCAUUGGUUAGAUAAUCCAAGUAACUCUGUGGUUAUAAAAUGAGCCAAACAUGCAUUCUCAUUCUUGCAAGAGGUGGCAGCAAAGGUAUCCCUAAAAAGAAUAUGGUCCAUUUCAUGAACCAGCCACUCGUGUGUCAUUGCAUUACUGUUGCAAAGCAGGUUGAUGGUGUUGAUGCAGUCUGGGUGUCAACUGAUGAUGAGGCAAUCUCUAGGGCCUCAUCAGCAGCUGGUGCGUUGGUUCAUCGUCGUAGUGCCAAGACCUGCACUGACACGGCCACCUCUGUAGGCGCCGUCCUCGAGUUCUUGGGGGACCAGCCAGAGGUGGAGACGCUGGCGCUGCUGCAGUGCACCAGCCCGCUGACUCUUCCCGAGGACGUCUGCCGAGCGCUGCAGCUGGUGCGUGCCGGAGGCUACGACUCCGUGUUCUCGCUGGUGCGACGCGCUCCGAGCCUGCGCUGGAGGGACACGGGCGCAGGCGACCUGGAGCCUGCCAAUUUUGACCCCAGAUGUCGACCCCGGCGUCAGGAUAUGACCUCUGAACUUGUGGAGAGCGGUAAUUUCUACGUGACCCGUGCUGCCCUCGUGCGGCAGGAGCGGCAACUACAGGCUGGCAGACGCUGGUACGUCGAGGUGUCGGAGGAGAGCGCCGUCGACAUCGAUACGCCCGUGGACCUGGCCGUGGCGCGUGCUCUGGCCGGGGCGCGGUGGCCGGCGCAGGCGGACGGGGUCGACCCAGCCCCAGCCCCUCUGUGAUGCUCACCGGCCGGCCGACGCGCGCGGGCCCGUCGACAGUUGGGACGCGGCCGAGUCGCUGAUGCGCUGUUCGCUGUCGGUCGGGGCUCGGCGGCUGGGCCGGUGAACGCGUGUUGCGGCGGGGCGAGCGGUGGCGUGGCGAGGCAAAGGGUGGCGCGGCGAGGCGCUGACGGAAGGAGUCGCACGGGGCGGCGCGUGGGAGCUAACGGACCCGACCUUGGAGGGGUGACUCGGUGACGGCCGGUGACUCGACGGGGGCUGAGUCAACACCGCUGACUCGGCGGGGGCUGAGUUAACACCGCUGACCCCGCUCCGGCGUGUUGCCGGCGAUCCAGCACGCGCCGCUUUCAACGAAAUUGUGUCGAGUCUAGAACUUUGGCACGGACGUCAGAACGGCGGCCAAGUUCUUGCACUGUGGUUACCGCGAGGUACAAAUAUACCGUUGUUAUGUAAUAUCGUUUUCAUCCAGCAAGGUCAGAUGCCUGCGGACCGGGUAUGACUCACUGCAUGCUGGGGCAGGUGCGCCGUGCUUUCCUUCGGCGUCACCUCGCUACUGAGCCGCAGCGCGAUAGCAGGGUCUCCCCCUGCCCAGCCUCGUCCCCAGACGCCUUCCGCUCGCUGCGGUCUAACGACAUCCGUACGCUAGCGUGUAAUGUCUGGUGACGACCAGUCAACCACCCGAAUCCUAUCUCGGUCAUGCGGCCUGUCCGGAUCCCGCACAUCGGAAGUUACAGUAAAAUGCGAGAAAGAGUAUCGAGAUAGAAGAAAUCCCGCCUUCAUAUGACGUCACCGCCGUCCGGCCGACGUCAUAUGAAAACGGGAAGUCCACGUCGCGUUCCCCUCCCAUGGCGGCUGCGCUGCAAACGCAUCGUCGCUUGAACUGUCUCAGUGACUAACGUUUCGUGGCGUUGCGUUAUGCCGUGCCACUCGCGUCACCAGCUCUACCCGCCAUCCAAUCACCCUACGAGGUCGCGCGUCCCGGGUGGCGAGCGAUCCAGGCGCCUUUUAUGGAGGCCUUCCUGCUGGCACUGGUGCUCGGUUACUCAAUGAAGUGCCGCUGCCGGGAAAGCGGCGGCAUAAUUUUCCCGUCGUCCUGCGCGCCGUGAAACGUUGCAAGGUUAACAAGAUCUACAGCAGCCCUACUGCCCCUGUGGCGGGCGCCGGACCGCCAGGCAUCAGCAGCGACCAACGGCAUAGCGGUACGAGGAUGUGCACCACACCGCGUGGCACGUGACCUCUAAUCUCGCUGGCCGGAAUUUUAACGGGCCGCACCCUCGCGUGCAAGGAAGUCGCUGCCCGCCCUUUCCCGCGACGGUGACUCACCCGCCCGGACCUUGUCAGGGACUCCUUCACCCCUCCCCAGUCGCAGGCCGCGCGGCCCGCUCCCAGGCUGAACGUCAGCAGCUCGUCCGGCCCACAUCGAGUGGAUUACGCCGGUGGUGCAUCAUUCCUGGUGACUGCAGAGCUGCGUUCAGCGUCUGUGCGGCACACCGACCCAU